UUGAUGCAGCUGCUUUGUUUUGUCAAGUCGAUCUCUAAUUUUGUAAUCGCGAUAACUUUGAUUGUUUCUGCUUCUUUCAAGAGUUUGAAAUCUUAAGUUCUGUUCAAAUAGUGCACUAGUUCGGCUGAUUGUAAAAAUUGCUAAGAAAACAACAAGUAGCGCUAUUGCGCGUUGGAAAAUCUCCCGGUCAUGAUGGCCUCCAGCACUUCGGCAUUUCAUUGCAUUGUCUGUACGUUGACAAAAAUCCCGUUUGCAACGUUAGGUAAAGACACUCAGCAGAAAAUUGUUAAAAGUGGUAGACCCACGAACCAAAUGCCCAAUCUGCAUGCAAAAUAUCAUAACCCCAAUCUGCCUACCCACAAUUGGAUGACGGGAUGUGACAAGAACCAACGGCUAUACUGUUGGCCUUGUCUACUGUUCAACACCAGUGAAUUUGAUAUGUGGGGAAAGCGUGGAUUUUCCGAUUUUCAUCGAUUAUCCCAAGCAACUCUUGAGCAUUCAAAAGAUGUUUCUCAUCAAGCGAAAAGGAAGACGUUGGACCUUUGGAUGGAAACAUAUUCCGACGGAAGCGACGAUAGUAGUGAAGAAGAGCUUGAAUGUAUUCCCGAGUUAGAUUUCCUAAACUCGGAUGUUCCAGAAGAGGAGGAUGAACUGGAUAUAAAACCUAAUGUGGAGGCAUUGAAUGCUUCUUCCUCGUCUUCAUCACAACACGCUGUAACGGCCAUUCUUGAUCUUUGUGAUCCAGCGGGGGUGAGAGAAAUUGAAAUGCCUGGAAGUAGUCCGAUCGUCGUUAGGGAUAAUUCUCCAGAACCUGCUUUGGCUACUUGUACAACCACAACAUCUACUGCUACUGCUACUGCUUUUACUGCAACCACCAUCGCUGAGUCACAGGAUUACGAGAAAGCAAACAUUUAUCUCUUUACAGGAGACUCUGAUUCUCAAACUGCAGCAUCCGGCGCGGAAAAGUAUCAGCUCAAAUGGCAUUCACAUCAACAGAAUCUCAAUUCGUCCAUUUCAUGCCUCUAUAAAAAUGAUCGCUAUGCUGACGUGAUGCUUAUUACCUGCAACAGUGAGGAAAACUUUGCAAUACCAGCACACAAGCUGGUCCUUGGAACUUCCAGUACGUACUUUGCCAACAUUUUCGAUAAGAAUUUUGCCCCAGCAAAUGCGAUGACAUACAUAGUACUUCCCCCGGAACUCACGAAACGCGCGAUCCAAACACUGAUCCAGUAUAUGUAUACAGGAGAAUCGACCGUGUCCGUAGAUAUUCUCAAUGAAGUAUUACGUGGUGGUGAAAUUCUAAAAAUCCGUGGUCUAUGGCGGAACCAAGCCGAAUCAUCGGCGCAUUCUGAGCAGCAAGGUUCAAAAGAUGGAUCCAGUCGACAUCGGACAGAACGUAUUUCUGUGGAUCGCAUUCCGUUACAGGAACCUCGCAUAGCACAAAACCCUGUAACGGCCCAUGACAGUCCCGUCAUAGUCACGAAUUCUGCUAAGAGUUAUGGAAUAAGUCAGACUGCUCAAAUGCCCGCAAGUUCGUCCACACCGAUCAUCAACGUAAAGAAGGACGUUGCAAUUGAUCCUGGCGAAAGAAGCAGCAGAUCGCAAAGUCAGAAACGUUCGUUUCAGGAAUUACACCAACAAGCACAACGACAGCAAGGUUCAGCUCAAAUUUCCGCCUGCAGACCAUCGCCACCUAAUGCUGAUAAUACCCUUACUCCAGGCACUGGAACUCGGUCGAUGCCUGAAGAGUUGAACUUUCUUAGCGUGAAGGAAGAACCCGUCGAGUGGACAGAUGUCAAUGCAGAGGAAAUAAACCUGGAUAAAUCUGACAUGCCGAUGGUGAAGGUUGAACUUAAAGAAUUUGCUGUUGCCGAUGAAAAUCAUGGACAGAGCCAGGAUCAGGUUUAUUCUCCUCUUACUUGCGAGUUGUGUAGCGAAACAUUUACCGUGCCAGCCGAAUGGGUUCGCCAUAUAGAAAGUCAUACCGAUCCACCGCAUACGGUAUCCAAACGGCGUAGACGUAUAGAAGAUGACGAUGGGGCCGAUGCGACAGCAGCGCUAAAGUGCGACUUGUGUGCAAUGUAUUUCGUGACACCUGCCGAAUGGGUUCGCCACGUGCAGAGCACCCACACGGAAACGGAACUAGCCAUCUCCAAUAAUAGUGGGUAUUCCCGAAGAAGUUCCAAAUCUACAACUUCCGAUCCACAGCACUCGGCAGCAACGACUACGGCGGCAGGUCAACAGCAGGAAAAAUCAUGCUCGAUUUGCAACAAAAGCUUUCCCUCCUAUGCCAGCAUGCUCAUUCACAAACGGACACAUACAGGCGAGCGACCAUUCUAUUGUGACAUUUGCAAUAAAGGCUUUAACGUGAAAUCCAAUCUUUUGCGACACAUGCGAACGUUGCACAACCAGCACGGUAGCCAGUCUCCUACAUCAGGCGGCGACAGUCACGGCUCGGACUAGAAUGCACAUAGGUGUAUGUAAUAGGCUGCAUACCUUCUAAUCUACAAUUUAAACUGUCUUCUUGACUGGCCAAUACUGAUGGUCAUCAUUUUAUGCUAAGACGCUUUGUAUUUUCUUUGUACAACCCCUAGGGAUGUAUGAGAGUUCAUUGAAGGUAAGUCCAUUCACCAUGAUAAGUAUUCAUGUUCGUUUUCAUUACGAUGAAUGUUUACAUGAUAAUUCCCACAGAAAACACAAACUGUAAAAAUAGAGUUAAGAAAUCCGUUGGAUUUAAAAGUGAUAAGAGGAAGAACAUUUUGGGUUCUUUUCUUUCGGAUUAACAUUAGUGAGGCUGAUUUUAGUAUCAGAAAUACUAAAUAUAUUUUUUUUUUAUCUAUCUAAUGUCGUCGAUAAAUGUUUGCUAAAUGUCCGAAAUCCAGAAAAAAAUAAUAA